UCAGUUGCAGUAAAUACCAGAGGAAGAACAGCAAUGGCGAAAAGGAAGACCAGGGAAUUCUUUGUUUGGACCGACGACGAGGUGGAACUGUUACUGAAAAUAACACAUGAAUAUAAGGCGGUCAAGGCGGCGGAAAACAUGAAUUGGGAGUCGUGUCAAAGCAAAUACAGCGACAUAUUUGAGCAGUACCGGGAGCGUUAUCCGUUGCCGGAGGAAGCCAUGGAAAUGGGAAAGGAGUACCCACACAAGAAGUAUGAAAUCACAAAAGGUCAAUUGACGACCAAACUCAAGGCCAUACGGAUCAGAUACAGGCAAGCAGUCGAUUCGGGUAGAAAAAGGGGUCAUGGGCGAGUAGUCUUGCUCUAUUUUGACCUCUGUGAGUCCAUUUGGGGAGAAUCUCCUGCUACUGAUCUGAUACCCCAGAGUAUCGAGACCGGUGACAUGGCGGUGGAGGCCUUGGAAUUGAUCGCCACCUCACCUGAUACUGGGUCAUCGUCCAUGUUGGGUGGGGAUGGAGUUGCAGAGGGUGCUGUGUCUGCAGAGAUGGUGGUGAAUCGACGACAGAGCCUCAACACUACUCUGAAUGGCUACAGGAGAGAGAAACUCAAGAGAAAACUCUCCAUGGAUUCCAUUGCACAGGAGGAUCUGGACAUUAAGAGGCGGCUCCUUCAGCGAUUACAGGCGACUGAUGACAAGUUUGUGCAGACAAUGGGCCGGUGGUCAUCUACGAUGGAACGUCUGAACUCUAAUAUCGAGCUGCUGGUGCAGCAUAUUAUGGGUUCAGGUCGUUGUGUUGACAAUUGUGGUUGCAGUUGUAAACACAAUAUGGUUAGUAAGGAUCUAUCAGAGGAAUAUGAGAACCUGGAGAAGACUCCGGAGAAGACUCUGGAGGACUCCAAGCCUCCCAGGAUCAAGGAGGAACCCAUGAGAGACAUCUUCCCAGUCAGCGAGGAGCCCGAGGUGGACCUGGCCUCUGGGGACCAGGCCCUGCCCACGGGGGUAUUGGAGGCCCACGGAGAGAAGCUUCCUGCAGACCUGGAGACUGACAACUCUCCGCAUGCGUCAGGUGGUGGCAGGGCCAACAGUUCCUCUCUGUGGCCACAGGUAAAAAUUGAGACCAAAGAAGAGGAGGAGGGCCAGGGAGCCAGCUCCCACCAUCACCACGACCAUGGCAUCCUGGAGGAUGGUGUGAUCGAGGAGGGGGGGCCUAUGUCAACUAUGAGCGAGUCUGGAGGAACUGUGGUGCAGUCACCCGGAGAUGCAGUGUCAGAUAGCAGCGACACCUCACACUCACCUGACUCUCAGAUUGGCACCUCGCCAGUCUUUAACCAAAGACCAAAGAAGCGGGUGAAGACAAUGUGAUAUUUCCUUAACGAGCCUCAAAACAUGGCGACAGGCAUGUGCACAAGUCCAUGAAUACUGGGAAUGGCAUCCAGCGCUUUACCUGUGCCCCCAUCCAUAGGGUUUGCCAGGAAGGGCAUUCGAUGUAGAAUUUUGCCAAAUCGGUAUGUGGAUUGACAAGAUCAUAUCAGAUUGAUCGAGGGGCGGGUUAACAACAGCCACCAGCGCUGCUGUGCCCUCACAGGGUACUGAUGGAAACUGUGAGAUCCACUGUGGCGACCCCCGAGAAACGGGACGAGCCGAAAGAAGAAGCCUCAAAAAGGGGAGUUAUUUGUUGACCCAGAAAUUGAAAGCAACGGCUAGACUGGACAGACAAUAUACUCAUAGAUCCCAGCAAGUGUUCGAAGUUGGUUAUCCUGCUUUUGAAGUCAAUUACAUCUGAUACUUAACAACAGUCUGACAAAACCAAAAUAAAGUAUGCCCAAAUGGUGCAACGCACCACCUGGACAUCUUUUCUAGUAAGGUCCACGAUGUCAAGUCAUUUAUCAUGCUACCUUUAGGACCUUGGUGCUUUUCAGGGCAUCAAUUUUCUAAGCUGAACUGAGCGGUCAUGCAAAGCCUCUCUGAGGAGGCAUUAAGGAGGAGGAAUGAACUGAUGAGGCAAAAAACCUCAUAUUUUUUUUCAGGCAAGUUUGUGUAUAUGAGUACAUUUGUGAGAUUUGUUGAAAAUGUCGAUUCUGAUUACAUGAGUUGUUUGAUACCAA